AUGCCCAAAAUUGAGGUUAGUGAUGAGAUCCGGCAGGCCGUACGCGAGCGGAGGCCGGUUUUGGCUUUGGAAAGCACCAUCAUUACUCAUGGUUUACCCUACCCUGCCAAUAUUGAGAUGGCCGCUAAUGUGGAGCAAAUCAUCAGAAAUCAUAAUGUUGUUCCUGCUACUGUUGCAUUUGUUCGUGGUGUACCCAAGGUGGGACUUAGUAAGGAGGACUUGGAGCAGGUGGCUGAUAACACUUAUCCACGGUACAAGAUCUCUAGAAGAGACAUUCCGUACGUAAUGAGUGAGAAGCUUACAGGUGGUACUACUAUUGCGGCUACUAUGAUUCUCGCUUACAAGGCUGGUGUGGAUGUCUUUGCAACCGGUGGUUUGGGUGGUGUCUCCAGACCAUAUGAAUUGAUGGACGUCAGUGCCGAUCUUGACGAAUUGUCAAAGACUCCCGUUAGCGUUGUGUGCUCGGGCCCUAAAUCCAUUUUGGAUGUCGGUAGAACUAUCGAGUAUUUGGAGACUAAAGGUGUCCCCGUGUUCACCUAUGAUGAUGGUCGGUUCCCUGGAGGAACCCAGAGGUCCCUUAAUAUUCCUGGUUUUUAUACUCGUGAUUCCGGAAUUGCAUCUCCUUUCAUGUUUAAUGACUUUCACACUGCUGCAAAUGUUAUUUUCAAUGGUAAAUACUCCAUGCAGUUGAAUAAUGGUUACGUUUUCUGUAUUCCUGCACCCGUUGACAUCGCUCUUUCUAGUGAUUAUAUAAAUGGUGCCAUUCAGGACUCGUUAUUGGAUGCCCAGAAACUUAAUGUAAGAGGCAAGAGCCUCACUCCAUUUUUGUUGGAGAAAAUCAACCAAUUGACGCAUGGUGAAAGUGUGAAAUGCAAUAUCGCAUUUGUCAAGAACAAUGCUACUAUCGGCUCUCAAAUUGCCUGUGAAUUGGCUAAAUUGAAGCAGGAGAACGAACCAGAAAAGUCGUCCUUAACUCCUGUACAACUGCCUGGGCCUGUCAUCACAGCCUCUUCUUCCUCUGCUGCCUCUGAUGCAUCGCCCCCGACUUUCAAUCGCUCUGCUGUCAUUGGCUCGCUGUCUCUAGAUUCCACUAGUAUUAUCAGAUCUCAAAACAGUCUCAAGAUGGGCGAUUCUAAUCCUGGUAGCACUACACAUUCCGUCGGAGGAGUGGGUUUCAACGUCGCACUUACGUCCACUGCCUCUAGUAGGAUGGGCGCAACGUUGUUCAUAACCGCUUUGAAUCUGUCUGAUUCUGCUGGUAAGUAUGUUAUGGAGACUAUGGAGAAAUAUGGAUUGCCCAAGCAGGGAUUGUGCAGUCUAGAUGACAAAAAAACAGCCCAGUACACCUCUAUUCAUGAUGCUUCUGGAAAGUUGAUAGUGGCAUGUGCUGAUAUGGAUAUUGUGGAAUGCUUGCCAAAAGAUUAUGUCAUUGAACUGCUGGCGAAAUACAAGCCUUCAUGUGUGUUGAUGGACUCCAAUAUAUCCAUCGAAUUAAUGAAUGAUGUGCUGAAAUAUACCUAUGAGAACGGUAUUAAGCUUUUUUAUGAACCAACUUCGGCUGUCAAGGCCUACAAACUCGGUAAGGCCAAUGUGCACUGCUUCCCUGACCAUGAGGUGAAUUUGAUGACACCAACAGUGGCCGAGUUAGGUGCUAUCUUUGAAUCAUUCAGUGCCAAUGGUAAGUUCGAGGAUCUGGACUCUUGGUUUCCUAUAUUAGACAUGUUAUGUCUUGAUAAAUUGAGACAGCAACUUGAAGUUGCUUCUAGAAAGUUACCGUUCUUGGAUAGAUACUCGGAAGACGGUGUAUUUCAGCAGGCCUUCAAUAUUCUCCCAUACGUGCCUAACAUUCUCAUCAAGGAUGGCCCCCGUGGAAUUUUAUUGAUUCAAUUAAUUGACAAUGCGUCGGAAGCAGUGAAACUCAUGGAUCAAUAUUCAUUCAACUUUAAAGCACCAUCUCAGACCGAAGCGUCUAUGACUUUGGUGCAAGAAGGAUCUCCCAUGUCACAUAACUUAGGAGUUAUCGUGCAACAUUUCCCCGGUUAUAAAGUAGCUUCAGAAAAUAUCAAAAGUGUUACGGGAGCAGGUGAUUCCAUGGUCGGUUACAUUCUUGCUAAACUAUCAGAGAAUCAGAAUUUAUCCUUGAAAGAUUUAGCUAAUCCUGAAAGAGAGAAGAUCAUCAUGAACUCACAGAAAGUGGCUUGCUUUAGUCUUGCUAGCAGUACGGCUGUGAAUUUUGAGGAGAUCCAACAUUUAGACGAAUAG